AACAUGAGCGCGUACAUACAGUUUUGCCUUUAAUUUUGUACACACACACACACACACACACACACACACACAAGGAUCCGGGCGAGCGACACUUUGGAAAACCAUUAAUUAAGAAAACCAGCGUCGAUUGGCGGGGAGAUUUAUGGCUGCUUUGGAGGGGUGAAUCUAUCUAUAAAUGUAGAGAGAGCAGGACAGGCUCCCUCUUUCAUUGAAACGUGUGAAUUGAGAAAGUUGCGCGGUUCUUUCCUGCUCUGUCAUUUUCGGGUUGAAACCGUUUCCUUCCUCGCUGAGGCUUUGCAAAAAGCCGGGUUUGGGGAUUCCCACGCUUGGAGCUUCAGACCAAGAGAUUCAGAGGUGAGACUUCCGUGGCUGGACUGAGUGGUGUUUUGGGGCAGGGUGCGUGGCUGGUUGGACCCAACGGCUUCGCAGGACGCCCGUCUCCGAGAGUCAGCGGCUAAAACUAGCUUAGCAAGGGCUUAAACUUGACCCAGGCAGCUGGAAGUUACCUUAUUUUUCCCGUUUACUUGGGAACAACUGCACCGAGCCUCGCGGUUUGUAUUUCUAGGUAAAUGUACCUGAAGCGGAAGAUAAAGCGAAAAUAUAAUCACUCCGAUUACAUUUGAUUGCAUUUAUUUAUGUAAAGUCGGGCCACAGAAGCAGCCUUGGGAAACUCGCAAGUGUUUUGAUUGGCUUCCCCGGGUUUUUCCUCUGCCAAACGCGGUUGACAUCGGAGUGCACUCUUACGUGCCCCCUCCACCCUUAAUUUUUCUGCCAGGUGCCAGAUUCUUCUUUAUUAAAACAAAAAACCAAACCAAACCCACAGAUGAGUGAGUCUUUAAUUUGGUUGCCGGAGCUUUCGGCUGCCGCUCAGCGCCCCUUUUUGCUGGGAGGGAACCUGGAGAGCAGCAUCGGAAGGCGGCGGGGGAGCGAAAGCAGCUCGCGACCCGCGCAGGGUUGGGUUUUUCUUUCAUGCCUCUGGUGAGGUGUGCUUCAGGAGUUGUGCCGAGGCCUGCUUGCUCGGCGGCAAAAUGCCUGUUGUUAUGAUAAGCUGGCAGGAAAAGUGGAAAGAGGCCUGUCAUUUCUCCGGAUUCGCUGGCUGGGAGCUGCCCAGCCAGUUGGACGGGUUGGGCCCAGCUUGGAAGCCCGAGCUUGUCAGGACCAGUAAAGCGGCAGUCGCCUCCCUUUCUUUCUCUCUCUCUCUCUCCCCCCCCUUCCUUCCUUCCUUCCCUUCCUCCCUCCCCCCACUCUCUUCGCCACCCUCUUCCCCGAUCUUCAGUCCCAAAGGGGGAAGGCGCCUCUGGGCUCCCAGGAGGCGGAGAAGGAGCUCCAGAGCCCCGAUUCCCUGGGGGUGGGGGAACUGAACGCCUGGGGAGACGGGAUCCCACGCGCCUUAGGAGGGAGGGAACAGCCCGGCUCUUCUGCUCGGGGAUCCGGCCUAGGCCCGCAGCGCCAGCGCCGCCUCCUCCUCCUCCUCCUCCGGGCCCUGGAGCCAUGGACCUGACGCAGCAGCAGCAACAGCAGGACGCCGCCGGAGCGGAACUGCCGGGCCCGCCUGAACACAGACAGCUGAAAGCCGGGGACAGCAAGCCGGAGCCAGAAAGCGGCACCUCUGGGGUCAAGAGGGGAGCAGGAGCCCGGCAGUUGCUAGCCCUGGCCUUUGAGGAGCCUGACUUCACCCAGGCGCCGCUCCCGCCGCCGCCGCCGCCGCCCGAGAUGUUAGUUCACAGUUUCUCAGCGAUGGACCGCCACGACGCUACCAGCAACGGGACAGCCCGGCUACCCCAGCUGGGGAGUGUGGGCCAGUCCCCCUACACCAGCGCACCUCCGCUCUCCCAUACACCGAACGCCGACUUCCAGCCCCCUUAUUUCCCACCUCCAUAUCAGCCCAUUUACCCGCAGUCUCAAGACCCGUAUUCUCACGUUAACGAUCCGUAUAGCUUGAACCCACUUCACGCCCAGCCUCAGCCGCAGCACCCGGGCUGGCCGGGACAGAGGCAAAACCAGGACACGGGGCUUUUGCAUACGCACCGCGGACUUCCACACCAGCUCUCCGGCUUGGAUCCCCGAAGGGAUUACCGGCGGCACGAAGAUCUCUUGCACGGACCUCACGGCUUGAGCUCAGGACUAGGCGAUAUUCCCAUUCACUCGAUACCUCACUCGCUGGAAGACGUGCCGCACGUAGAGGACCCCGGUAUUAACAUCCCAGAUCAAACUGUAAUUAAGAAAGGCCCCGUGUCCCUCUCCAAGUCUAACGCCAACGCCGUCUCCUCCAUCCCCAUCAACAAGGACGCGCUCUUCGGCGGCGUGGUGAAUCCCAACGAGGUCUUCUGCUCGGUGCCCGGCCGCCUGUCGUUGCUCAGCUCCACCUCCAAAUACAAAGUCACCGUGGCGGAAGUGCAGAGGCGCCUGUCCCCGCCGGAGUGCCUCAACGCGUCUCUGCUGGGCGGAGUGCUACGGAGGGCAAAGUCAAAAAAUGGAGGGAGAUCUUUGAGAGAAAAACUGGACAAAAUAGGAUUAAAUUUGCCAGCCGGGAGACGUAAAGCUGCUAAUGUUACCCUGCUGACAUCACUAGUAGAGGGAGAAGCCGUGCAUCUCGCGAGAGAUUUUGGUUACGUUUGUGAAACAGAAUUUCCUGCCAAAGCAGUAGCUGAAUUUCUCAACCGGCAACAUUCCGAUCCCAACGAGCAAGUCACAAGAAAAAACAUGCUUCUAGCGACGAAACAGAUCUGUAAGGAGUUCACCGACCUGCUGGCUCAGGAUCGAUCUCCACUGGGGAACUCUCGGCCCACCCCCAUUCUGGAGCCGGGCAUCCAGAGCUGCCUGACCCAUUUCAACCUCAUCUCUCACGGCUUUGGCAGCCCUGCUGUGUGCGCAGCGGUCACUGCCCUGCAGAACUAUCUCACCGAGGCACUCAAGGCCAUGGACAAAAUGUACCUCAGCAACAAUCCUAAUAGUCACACAGAUAACAGCACCAAAAGCAGCGACAAAGAAGAGAAGCACAGAAAAUGAGGAUUUUCUUCUUGCAGACCCAACCAGACCAGCCAGCCUGGCCCCCCCUCCCCUUCCUCCUCACCCUGAGGCUACAGAAAGAGAAGCUCAGAAAUCUGUCCCAGCCUAUUCACUCAGGAGGACCGGCUAAUUCACAUCUCUCUCACCCCCACCCCUGCCCCUGCCCCUCCCCACCGUUCUUCUUUUUCUUCUCUCCUCUCCUUCCCCACCUCCACCACUUCCCAGUUCAUUUCCAGUUGCUACCCAGUUUGGAGCCUGAGGAAACAAAGGUGGCGAUUGGGCCAUCCUAAGAGGAAACAGAGAAAAAAAAAACAUUUUUUUGUCGUCUGUGUGAACUUUUAUUAUUUUUAACAAAAAUAAAUAAACUGAUGAAAAUAAACAACUUUUUUUCUAAAAAAAAGAAAAAGAAAAAGAACUAAGUUUAAAGGUUAAUAAUGAAAUUUGGGGAAAAAAAAAAAACAAAUGAGCUUCAUCGGACUGGAUCACCACCUUCUCUGAUACAAACUUCCGUUUAAAAUUGUAGCCAUAUUUAAACAAAACAAAACAGGAAAGAAAGGAUGAUAAUGAUGAUGAUGAUGAUGACAUUUUAUCAGUAUUGUGAAUAAACUUGAACACAAACCACA